UUUAAAUUAUCUACAUGUCAUGAAUAUAAACGAUAAAUCGAAUAUGUAGCUAUGUUAACAUAAAAAUAAAAGACGCAUGCUUCAGAUCCUUAUUCGAAGAAAUUGAUGGUUCUCCCGAGUAAGUGUCACGAUCGGUAUAAAAAAAAAAUCUUUCCUCGACUUCCUCCUAAUUUCGACGACUGUUAACACAUCAAACAUAUUAUCUAUUGCAGUUUUGACAUCUACGAAAAUUACAUAAAAAAGGCAUUUUUGAAAAACUAAGAAAUCGUUCGACCCUAUUUGAUAUCAGUGCCGAUUCUUCACUGAGUAAACCAGGGAAGGGGAUCGUGUCGUUUCCUAACUUACGAUUCUUUUAAAAGAAGCUGCGUUACUGAGUGAAGCAACGGUGUUGUUUCGAAGGUAAAAUAAUGAAGCGGCGACCGUGUACGUUGAACAUAUCCCGUUCUCCAGGAAGUUCACCUACGUCUCUUUAUGCUCGCGAACUCGACAGCUUUCCUAUCACAACGAGAAGCUCUUACGAUUUGAAGCGUCGUCGUUUGCAACGCUACGGGCCGAAGUCGCAAAAGAAGAACGCAAACUGCAACGAGUCGUCCUUGAAGAGGGAUGUCUUUGGUUCAUUGGAAUCUUUGUUCGACCUCAAGAAACCCUUGAAUUUACCAGAAGUAUUCUCGAUAACAGUCGAAUGCUAUCAAGAGGGGCACGUUUUUCCAUUCGCGUCGGAAAAGGUUCAGAAUUCUAAGAACCUCACAGAUUCGCUGCAUUUGCGACAACGGACGGACCUUGAACCGCACAUUCUUAAACGGGUUUAUGAAACCGACGAUUACAAAAAUAAAGCGGAAAAUAUCAAGGAGGACCCAAACGUUGAAAGGCCAAAGGAAUCUGAAAAGAAGGGAAGACCAAGUACAGUAGAAGUGACAUUAUCGACCAUGGCUGAAAACGAGGGAGAAGCGUUAGAAGAAGUUGCUGAAGAAGAGUUUGAAGAUGUCGAGGGUGACACGCCAGAGGAAACUGUACCAGAAGAAGAGGACAAUGCAGCGGUAGAUGAAGUCGAUGAUGGGGCUACAGAGAAGUUUGAAGAAGGCCAGCCUCCAGAAUAUCCGCUUCCGCCUGGUGUUGGUGAAGGUGUCCCGAUCAAGCCUGGUGGUAGAGUGGAAUCCGUGUUGAGCUCAUCUCCUUUGACAGACUCCGCUGUACAGGAAGAACUGAAGAAAGCAGACGAACGUUGCGCUGUGCUGGCGAAAGAGAUUGAAACAUUAAAACUUGAAAUAUCUCAGCUCACCGUGAAAAAGGAUUUAACGGCGGAGGACACAAUGGCGAUUCAGUCGAAGCAGAAUGAAAUCAUGUCGAAGCUGGCAGAAUUCGAGGAGAUAACCAGGAAGGUGCAACGUUCGCUGGGCUUGUCCGAUUUCUCUAGCGUCACCUUUUCGAAAAUGUUCGACAUGCUACCGUAUCCGCACUCGAAACCUAGCGGGGUUAUUGCUGAAGAAGAAGUGGAAAUUGGUAUUAAAGAUGCAGAUCCUUUCAGGAAAGUACCCAGUAAAAGAGAUAUAGGAGUGUCGAAGGAAAGGCCGGAAGAUGUUUUUGAUCUACCUCAAAUUGAUUAUCCGGAAGACAAACUUCCAAGAGUAAUCGUUUGUGGAUAUACGGAAGAUGAAAUUCCAAAAAUUGUCGUAGCAGACAGCAAAAAGAGAGGCAAGGACAGAUCGCUCCAGAAUCUAACUGGAAAAUUAACGGAAUCGUUAACCAUGCAAGAGAAACUCGUAAUAGAGAAUGCGCAACUCGAAGGCGGCAAAUAUAAAUUAGAAGAAGCAUUACUGGAGAAAGACUCUGCUGUCGAGAGCCUGCAGAGGAAGGUAUGCGGACUACAGGCUGAAAUGAGAAUAGUCGUGAAGGAGAAUUCGGAAUUGAGUCGUCAAGUAGCUUGCUUGAGUCAACAGAUCACCAGUCCUUGUUGUUACACUUGUCCAGGUGGAAUUACCUCUCCAACAUCAAGCCCGUCUCCUUUUCGUUCGUAUUCGUACACCACUACGGUGCAGCAGGACGACGAUUACUGUCCGUGCAAGUGUUGCCUUCAGCCACCAUUCGCUGACAGUUUGUCACCGCGAGGCAAUUCCGUAUGCGUGAAUCAGAAUAGUCAAGCAUUUUUAUCUAGCGGAGAUUCACCUAGACUCGCGGGUGGCGCGUCAAGAACAAAAGCUUGUACCGAGAGCAGUGCUUCUUCGCAAGUCGACGGAAUGUGUUGUCGCAGUCCAGCCGCUGUUAAGCCGCCAUGCCAGCCGUGUCCACCUCCGAGAGGGACGUGUCCCGCGGAACUGGAGAACCAACUUGCAUCCUAUGGCACCAACACCAAACAGAUAGAACAACAGCUGGGCAAUAUAGAAUGCGAAGUACGCAACAUGCAGAUAGAACUUGCUAACGUGCAGCGAGAACGUCAGCAACUGGAGCAACAACGCAAGUUGCUGAAAUGCACCGGUCCCUGUGCGCCAUGUGGUUGCUGUCCUCCUCCACCUAUGAUUUCAUCGUCGGGUUCACCACCUUACGUACCACCUGUACCAAUCCUACCGCCACCUCCCGUACCUCUUGUCAAGAUGCCACCUGCGCCUUCCUCAACUUGUACUGGUCCUUGUACAAAUGCACCUAUGGGCGCUAGCACGUGUCCUCAGCAACAGUUACGUGAUCUUCGCGAGCAAUACGCACGCCUUCAGGAUGAUUACAAAAACAAACUAUGCGAGGUUUCGUGUCUAAGAGCAGACGCAGAAAAAAUGAAGCAGCAAACACGCGAAGCCAUCGAAGAGAAAGAAAAAUUAGACAUCAAACUGAUAGACGCUCAAGAACGUUUGAAAGCGAUCGAAUCCGAAAAAGACAAAUACGAAGGUUUUAAGGAGCAAAUGGUCGAACAGGAGCAACAAUUGAUCGUGGUUAAACAACGUUUUCGGGAAGCCCAAGACGAACUCGAAGAAUUACGAUCUUUGAUUCAAGAUCAAUCUGCUCAGCUCGAGGAUUAUCGUAAUAAAUAUUUACAGGCGCAACAACAAGUGGAAGAGCAACGCCGACAACUCGAUCUCAUGGAGAUGGAUAACGCUCGAAUGAACGAGAAUGUGACGUUAGAAAUCGGUCGAGUUAAAAAUCAAUUCCAAGAGAAGCUUGCCGAGCUUGCCCCGUUACCUGAUCUUUUGAAACAAACACAAGUGAAGCUACAGGAAGCGCAACAAAUGCGCCUGGUCGCAGAGAGAAACUGCGAGGAUCUCUCACGGGAGCUUAUAGGAUGCAAAGAUAAAAUGCAAACUUUGCAAAACCAGUUGGACGUUUUGCGUAGCGAGUACCAAGCGAUCCAGGAUGAAAGGGGCACUGGAUCGGGGCGGUUCGACGAAUUGGAAAGAAGAAACUCUGAGUUACGGCAUGAAAAUGAACGUAUGAAAAAUACACUUGCCAGAUUUGAGGAACACGAGGCCCAGUUACAGAAACGCAUCGACGAGAAGAUGCACGAAGUUACUCAAUUAACGGCGAUGCUGGAUCAAGUUCGAGAAGAUUCAGCGAGACAGGUGGCAAGGACGAAAGAACGAUGUGAAACUAUAAGAAGAUCGAUGCAAGGCCAAAUCGCGGAAAUGGAAAGACAAUUGGCACAAUGCAGAGCUACCGCGCGAGCUGCGCAAAAAGAUAGAGAUGAAAUUCGGCAGAAGAUGCAAGGCCAAAUAAACAAUCUAAACGAGGCGUUUGAACAGGCUCAAGGCCGUAUAAGGUCAUUGCAGGGUCACGUAAAUUAUUUGAAAACAUCUUAUAGCAACAUCUUCAAGGGUCAAGGAGAGGUACCGCCUGGUGUCUUGCCUGGCGAGGCUGGGCCAGGAUUUGAUUCUUGCGACUGCAACCACUGACAGGAAGUCGAUCAAUCUCAUUGUAAACUCGUAUAAAUUAUAUUGCCCAACUAGAAUGUAACAAAAAUUGUCUGGGUUUUUGUGAU